GGCGGGCUAGACGUGACUUAGCUGCGCGCCUAUUUCUCGUAAUAAACACUUAUAUCGUGUUUUGACAGUUCCGGAAUAUCGCGUUAGUGGCAUUUCGAUUGUUUUGGUUCAAUUUAUCAAUGACUUGUGAUAGUUUGUACGCAUAAAUAUAAGUGGACUGUAUCGUUCAUUAUACCUAAUAACAAGUGUCGAAAAUAUUUUAUUUGGCAAAUAAAGAAAGAAAUUUAACCUACAUCCAACAAAAACGCCGGUCUUGAAGAGAAAGUUCGUACUGUGUUUACGAACUGUGGACAAAGAUAUUUGGGACGCAGUUUUUCGGAGUUUUCUUGAGUCGCGUGGAUAAUUGAAAAAGUUGUGCGGCCGCUUAUGGGAACCAGCGAAACCGGGGAAGCGGAUAAUAAAAUUAAAUACACCGCGAGAUUUAUUAAAGAAGUCUUUGAAGUCGGAUUUGAUGGUGAUUAAUGGUGCGUGUGUGAGGAUGCGAUUCGGGGAGCGCUGAAAGUUUCGCGUAUGGAUUUUCUGGGCUUUAUGAGGGAGAGGAGGUCGUUUCCAGUGAACGAAGUGGCUCUUAAAAGUGAGAAGGAUGGCGGUGGGCGGGGUUUGGUGGUGAACUCGGUUUUGUGUGGUGUGGUAGAUGAACUGUCCAACGGGCGGACCGGGAGACGAGGGUCUUGGGUCCGACACGCGGUCAUGGGUGUACUCAGGUGGAAGGACUUGACAGGAGUUAGGACCAGCUCUCCUACUGAACAGAAAGAGGUGUCCCGACCAGCCGAUCGUCGGCCUGUAUCAGUAGGGGCUGUGACCUCCGGGGGAAGGCAUUCAUUUCCGGAGGGCAGAGUUCCAGAUCCGCAUGGACCUCCGUCCUCACCAGGCGGGGUGGCGGUACAGCGCCGCAACGCUUGGCAGGCUAGUCGGCUAUUGCUGGAGGAAACUUUAGCCAGGCCAGGAACACCCCCAACUAUAGUGCAACCACCGAACGGUGGUUACUGGGUUGAAGGAGGGGAGGACACUUCAGCGGAUGAGGAGAGUGAGCCACGCCCACAACUAGGCACCCCUCGCCAGUCAUCCCGAAAGCACAACAUCGACACUGAUGACACCGCCACGUUCUACAGGCGGUUCUUCUAUGGCAAGGAGCACAUCAACUUGGUUGGGUUCGACGCGAACCUGGGCCCAGUGGUGAUGUCGCUGAAGAACGAUCACAUGGCUGGUCAGGACCACACAAGAAUACUCUUGAGGCUACGGUCGACCACUAUGCAUGGACUUAUUCCUACACCAAAUUCAGGGAUAGCACCAUCACCGUUAAGAAUGGCUAAAAUGGUGAACGAUCAAGUGAACGUGGACAACUUCAUGGCCGUCAUGUGUCUAAACGCUUCGUCGCUGAUCUCAACCUUCGACGAACACGUAUUGGUCAACACUUUCAAGUUCGGCGUUCUCUACCAGAAGUACGGACAGACGACCGAAGAGGAGCUGUUUGGGAAUAACGAAACGUCGCCGGCCUUCAACGAAUUCAUAGAAAUACUUGGUCAGAGGAUUAUUCUUCGAGACCACAAAGGAUACCGAGGCGGACUCGACAUAAUGAAUGGCCACACCGGUACCGAGGCGGUGUAUGAGAGGUUCUACGACCGCGAGAUCAUGUUCCACGUGGCACCGCUACUGCCACACACGGCUGGCGAUGCACAGCAGCUGCAGAGGAAGCGACAUGUCGGAAACGAUAUCGUGGCGAUUGUUUUUCAGGAAAAAGCAACGCCAUUCACGCCUGACAUGAUCGCGUCCCACUUCUUACACGCUUUUAUUGUUGUGACGCCGUUUGAAACAGCUGAUGGGGAGACUAGGUACAAGGUGGCCGUCACAGGUAGACACGACGUACCAUUUUUCGGACCGACGCUUCCCCAGCCGCCAAUAUUCAGAAAAGGGCGAGAAUUGAAAGAGUUUCUUCUCACCAAACUCAUCAACGCUGAGAACGCGUGCUACAAGGCCUUUAAAUUCGCGGAACUCGAACAAAGAACUCGCGCUUCGUUGCUGCAAGGAUUAGCUGAUAAGUUGAAGGAAAAGACUGUUGAGUUUCUCGGCACGGGGGCGGGGAAUGAGCCCGGAGCGGUAUCACCACAACCGGAAGGAACGCCUAAGCAAGAGGGGUCUGGGACCGAAGGACCGGGAUCGAAGUUUUUAAAUACGGUCAGAAAGGUCCUUAAUCCCAAAGUCAGAUCACCAAGCGUGGACACGAAUCUUUCGGGUGACGGCAACAAAAAUAAUGUCUUAAAUAAGAAAAUGAAUCUACACGACACACCUACCCCUAAUAGUGGUCGCUCCAAAUCGUCCAUUGCAUCGUCCUCAGCGAGCGCAGUGUCGGUCAGAUCUGCCGGCGGAUCCGGCGAGUCGAGCCCGGACGUGACGUCACGAGUGGCACCACCGCGCCCGCCAUUACACGACCAUAGUGACGACUCCAGCCUUAAUUCCGUCGAUCUCGAUCCUCUUGGUGCAGUAUACGUAGACAGCGAUACAGGAUUGGAGUCCAUGUCAUCUGCUGAAGCAGGUGCCAAUGCCCGCGAUCAGCAUAAUACGCCACGAGAUGCUGAUCAGUUGCGACAAGAAGUUUGCCGCUUGAAGAACGACAAGCUGGACCUGUUAAAACAGAAUAUUACUUGGCAGAACGAAAUAAAAUGCCUGCGUGAGAGAGUUAUAACACUACAAGCAGAACUUGCGGCUGCGUCAAAGGAAAGACGACAUCGCGAACAAACAGCCACCAUCAUCCCGAAUCCAUCCACCCACGAUUCCACUGCUUGAGGGAUUCCGAGUCACCAGAAGACAUUAGCAUUUAAGGUUCAUUUGUGGGCUUAUCAAUGUUUAGCGUCUUUGAAACAAUUUCUAUCUUAGAAUAGGAUGUUAUCGCUAUAAUUGUUUAGCGUUUAAUUUUGUUACUAUUCUAAGUUGUAAACAGCGCCAUCUAGUUUAUGGUAGAUGAUUUAAUGUUGGGUGGUUAAAAUUCGCCAUGGUUACAGAAGAAUGAUGAUUAGAAAUCUUGCAUUGAUUGCAAGUUGAAGCAAUCAUUGUGCAUGAAACUAUAAAAGACGUAGUGUUAUCCUCACAACGCCAUUUGCGAAAAGGAAAGCUACAUUUAUAGUCUUACUUAGUUAAAGUUUGUACAACGGAAUUUUGGGAUUGAUUUUCUAUUUCGACAUAUAAUACUUAUAUGUUUUAACACUUUUUAUGUUGUACAUUACUGGGCCCUAAUUGGUAAUGACGUCAAAAUUGUAUUGUACCUUUAAAAUGUUUGGCACCAAACUUGAUAGUUGUAUCAUACAGUCAAAUCUUGGGGCAUGAACAUUAUUUAAAUGGUCGAGAAUCGGGUUCUUGUAUUGGAAAUAAUCGUGCAAUAAUAAUUAUUGAAUAUUGCAAUAUUUGUGGUACGCAUUGUACAUGUAAUAUUUUUUUUAUAUAUCCCAGUUCAAUAUUUAAACUAAAUAAUUCGAGGU